AUGCGAGCUGCGUCCACCGCAGUAAACAAGAUGUCCGCUAAAAGUCAAGGCGCUACUAAACAGGGGAACAGCCUGGGUGCCCCACGAAAGCUCUCAUUGACAAUACCCGCCAACGAGCCCAUGUUCCUCCCGGACGGCGACUCGGUCACUGCCCAUAACAACACAACGACUUCCUCCACACACACCUCCCCCACCGUAGCUUCAAAUUCUCCGAUUGAUAAUUUGAAGAACGGAAGCUCUCGCCCUUCCAAAGAAGGCAUGCUUGAUAAAUUUAAACAACCCCCAGUGGCCAAGCCACAUAGCAACGGCGCGACGCCAGAAACAGCCGCAGCAACAAAGCCUUCAGGACCUCUUGAUUUGGAGGCGAUCAUGAGCUGUAUCCUGGGCAUGAAACGACUCUCGACCACAAUCUACUCAACUUUCGAAACAUUCGAGAAGCAAACGGCCAGGGUCGCUGGCCUCGCACCAGCAGUAGAUGCUGCCGGCCAACUUCAAUCACUUCGAGAUGCGUUUGAAACCAAGCAACAAGAGCGAACGAAGCGGGUCGCAGAGUUGCGCUCGCGAUUUGAGGAGGCGGUACCUCGACUCAUCGACGAAUAUCGUUCGAAAGUAGACGAUUUAGUGAAAGAGGUCGUCGCCGAAGAGAUUAAGGAUCGGGUGCAAAGGGAGUUGGAAAACCAGCUCCCAGAGAAGUUGCGGAAGGACGUCGUGCAACACGAGCGACAACUAAUCGAAGUCCAAGCGAAUCUAUACAACAACGAGGCGAGGAGAUUUAACGCGUCUUUAGUGUCGCCUCAAUCUUUGACUGUCCCCCUCAGGCCCCUCCUCAGGCCCCUACCGACUCCUGAGCAGUCCCCGUCGUACGUCCGGUCCCCCAUCUUCUCGCCCGAGACAGCCGUACCCGCCGUCCCGCUCCCCACCCCCAUGACGGCCGCUCCGGCGUCGUUCUCGGGGCCCCGUUCGAGUCUCGUACCCCCAACCCCAUCUGCGCUUUUCCCGAAGGAUCUUCAAACCCUGUUGAGAUACGAUGCCCAACGCGCUCGACAGCUGCUCGCAGAUUACGGGCUUAUCGAGGAGACAUCAGAGAGUCCGUCAGGUUCGGAGGUCCCGCCAUCAGGCAGCAAAUCACUCCAAACACCAGCGACGACACCGUCCACGGUCAAGGCCAAGAAGGAGAACAAAGACGCGAAAAAGGACGGGAAAAAGGGCAAGGAUCCGGCACCUGAAGAAGUCAGCGACGGAACGAGAGAGGCAGAUUUGACCAAGUUCAUGGCGCACAUAGGGGUCCCCAUGAAGAUGGUUCCAAAUCCUUGUCUGAAGUCGGCAGCGAAGCCAGGAAGGCCUUCACUAAGGGUUAUUAUCACCGGGCCAAGUCUUUGA